AUGGCUACACAAACUGUUGAGGAUAGUUCUAGAUCUGGUCCAAGAAGCACUACUGUAGGGAAGUUAUUGAAACCAUUGAAUUCCGAAUAUGGUAAAGUAGCUCCUGGAUGGGGAACGACCCCUUUGAUGGGUGUUGCAAUGGCUCUAUUUGCGCCUUGGUUUACCUAUCUCAAUAAAGUUUAUGAUUGGUUCGAAGAACGCCUUGAGAUUCAGGCGAUUGCAGAUGAUAUAACUAGUAAAUAUGUUCCUCCACAUGUCAACAUAUUUUAUUGUCUAGGCGGAAUUACCCUUACUUGUUUUUUAGUACAAGUAGCUACGGGAUUUGCUAUGACUUUUUAUUACCGUCCAACCGUUACUGAAGCUUUUGCUUCUGUUCAAUAUAUAAUGACUGAAGCUAACUUUGGUUGGUUAAUCCGAUCAGUUCAUCGAUGGUUGGCAAGUAUGAUGGUCCUAAUGAUGAUCCUGCACGUAUUUCGUGUAUACCUCACCGGUGGUUUUAAAAAACCUCGCGAAUUAACUUGGGUUACUGGUGUGGUUCUGGGUGUAUUGACCGCAUCUUUUGGUGUAACAGGUUAUUCUUUACCUUGGGAUCAAAUUGGUUAUUGGGCAGUCAAAAUUGUAACAGGUGUACCUGACGCUAUUCCGGUAAUAGGAUCACCUCUUGUAGAAUUAUUACGUUGAAGUGCUAGUGUUGGACAAUCCACUUUGACUCGUUUUUAUAGUUUACACACUUUUGUAUUACCUCUUCUUACGGCCGUCUUUAUGUUAAUGCAUUUCCUAAUGAUACGUAAGCAAGGUAUUUCUGGUCCCUUAUAAAUAAUAUAGAUUCUAGAUAUUUGUACUUACUUAUUACUUGGUGAAGGAACAAUAGUAUUUUAUUGCUAUAAAUAUGGAUUAUUAAAAAAAUAAGACAUGUAUUUGGAUAUUUCCCUUCAACUCCACAAUAUUUUAUUAUUUUUUGACAUAAAAAGUUGAAGGGAAUUCUAUGAAGAGAUAAUGGAUUAUGGGAGUGUGUGACUUGAACUAUUGAUCGGGCCGUGCAGAAAUAUGACUUUAUCUGCUACAUUGGAAUUCACAACCAAAUGUGUCUUUGUUCCAACCACUGUGUAAGCCCCAUACAGGGGAUAGGCUGGUUCACUUUAAGAGAAUCUUUUCUAUGAUCAUACCCGACGCUGCCGUGGAUGAGUGGGCUCCGUAAAAUCCAGUAGAUUAAGGGAUGGAACAUAAUCCUGAUUAUGUUUUUAGUUAUUUUGGACUAAAAAAAA